AGCUGUAUGAACCCCCAACAUUUGCCAAAGACGUUAUCUUCCUUCGACGAAAAUGCCAGAGCAACAUGUAUUGGAGCUUGAGGAUAUUGAUCGUGGAUUCAUGAAGGAGAUGGUCAAGGCCGUCCUACACUCUAUCCUCUUCAAUCGUAUAUUCGUCAACGUACGGCCCCGCUCAAGAGAGUUCCUGAAUGUCACUUAUCCAUUUGUCGAUAACGAUCAGGACCUUGAAGUUCUGCUGGAUGAACGGACUUCGUCAUUACUGAAUGCGUUAUCACCCGCACCUUCACCCACAACGUCACCACCACCAGGUCAAGGGCAUGCACGAGGCCAGCUUGCAAUGAGCUUCUACGAGAAACGGGUACGAAAGGCAUGGUUCUCGACGCAGGAAGAGUCGGUGGUUUGGGAGAGGUGGCUAAUCGUGGUCGACACAAUAACACCCCGGACCGAGCGUGAGCGUCUGCGAUCGCAACGUGAAAUGGAGCGACAGUUGAAUGAGACCUUGCUGAAGAUUGUGCGGAUUGCGAACGAGAAGAAAGAGCACAUACCGCCUAUAUUAACUGGUGAAGCCAAUCCGUUCCCGUACGAGAUACACAUCGUCAAGGGUGAGGGAGAAGGAUGGGUCGGUGGAUUGAAGAAGCUGCUCGUUGACCAGCCUAGCUGAGUAGGUAAAGAUGCGAGAAACGAUUAUUUGGCAGGAGCUCGUGGAUACAGU